AUGUCAUUCCUUUCCAUUCCUCAACGGCUGAUCAUAUUUCAAACAGAUUGUAUCAUUUUUUUAUGGAUAAUUACGUUUCUUUUAUUUACUUCUAGUAAAAAUGGACACUAAAACCACACAAAGUGGUCAGAGAAACCGGUUUUUAAAGCUAUCUUUAAAGAAAACUAGACCGAAAGCUAAUCAAGGAAACAAACAAGAGAUGAAUAAACUUAACAGAAGUUCAGAUGUGAUAAUACUUGACGAAUCUUUUGACAAAUUAAGAUCCGACUUCCAAAGAACUAAGCAAAACCCGAAAACAUAUUCACCAAUAGUUAUAAACGACUCCUGCGAGUUGUCUUUCAGUGAUGAUUUGCCAAAAGUUAUACUCAAUGGAAAGGAGCCAAGUAAAUCUGGAAAUAUAUCCUUUAACUGCUCUAGAGAAAAUGUAUCACCAACAACCGAAUCAAGGCCCAGCAUUGGCGGAUGGUCACCAGCCCAAAGCAUUCUCUGCGCCACACCGAGACACGAACCCACACCUUCCACACCAAAAGACAUUCACAACGAAUCACAAGAACAAUGCUCCAUAAAGAAAAUACAUCAAUCACAAAAGAAACUACUUGACGAUCUUUAUGGAGAGACGUGGAAAUCCAUCCCUAAGUUAUUUAAAGCAAUUAAAACAAAUUACGAAAACUACAAUACAGUGUCAAAGAAACUACGGUACGAUGACGAUGAAAGUGACAAGGAGAAUAUAAGAUCCGAUUUGAAACGUAACAAAAUGCUGUACCUAACAGACUCAGAAAGGAAAAAAGCUGUUGAACUGACAGAUACAGAGAAAAAGAGUAAGAAGAAGUUGUAUACGGAGAAGGUACCAAGCACUCCGGAAGUACCGAAGGUCAAAGUGAGGAAUGUUAAUAGUACUACGAAGAAAAAUAAGGUGAAUAAGGCUAUGAGUGUUACGGAAAUGGUGGAGACUAUGCGGAAUGAUGUUGAUUUGUUAGCGAAGAAAGUUGGUGGUGUUAACCUCACUCCAAACGUUGAGGUUUCUAGGAUCAGUUUUGUUGGUUCGUUGGCUGACAACGUCCCAUCAUGGAGGUGUCAUGUUGAAGCUAUACAGUACCGGGAUAACUACAAGACACUCCGUGAACAGCUUGCCCGCAGGUUAUACGUGGAGUUCAAUAAAGGAGUGUUUGAUGAUGCUCUCGAUGCAGACAUGCCUAUUUUAUGGGAUACUAAGCUUAGGACCACUGCUGGUACAACAACGAACCGCCUCAUAAAGAACUCGAAAGGUGAUCGCAUUCGUUCCUCCAGCAUCAAACUGUCCACCAAAGUGCUGGACGGGCCACAGCGUCUCCGCGACACCCUCAUACACGAGAUGUGCCACGCCGCCACCUGGCUCAUAGACUCCGAGCUCAGAGCUGGACAUGGACCGCUUUGGAAUAAAUGGGCAAAGCGAGCGUUACGCGUGUACCCAGAGCUGGGCGAGAUAUCAAGGUGUCAUGACAUGGAGAUACAUUUCAAAUACUCAUACAAAUGCACUAAGUGUGGAUAUAGUGUCCAACGCCAUUCAAAGUCGAUUGAUGUAACAAAGAAGUGCUGCGGCUACUGCAAAGGUACCUUCGAAUUAAUACUUAACAAAAAGAACAAAGAUGGCGUCGUUGUUUCUACUCCCGCCAGAAAAGGUACAACGAACGAAUUCGCUUUAUAUGUUAAGGAGAAUUACGCUGCACUGAAAGAUGGAACCAGAAACCAUGGGCAAGUUAUGAAAAUAUUAGGUGAACAAUUCGCUAAAAGUAAAGGCACUUGACAAUAGAUAGUAAAUAUUAAUAUAGUUUAAUAUCUGUAGUGUACAGUUGUAUGUUAUAUAUAACUAGCUCAAUUUAGGAUUGUAUAGGAAAAUUGCGUAAUUCGUCAUUUUUUUAUGUCAAAUGAUUUCUUCGAGAAAAUACUGUCUAAAAAGUCAGUAUAUCAUACUUAUUGUGAUGAAUUAACGGUGAAACGUGCAGAAGCAUAAACCAUACUAAAAUUAUUUAAUUAAAAAUGUAAUCAUGGCUAAUGCUUGAUAGCACUAAUUGACUUAUUGUUUUGCUCCGCGAAAAUAGUCUUUUGAACCUUCAAAAAGCGAUUACAGCGAAUUUGAUAUAUUUAUUUAUAUCGCUAUUAAAUUUGUAUGUUUAACACAAUAGUACUGAUUUUCUAGCUGUUUAAUUAAAAAUUAAACAUUUUUCUUAUUGGUUCUGAUACGAAUCGAAAAAUAAAAUGUGAAAAUAAAUUGCGAAUUUUCGAAUCUUUACAUAAGUUUCAUAGGUAAGUAUGUUGAAGUUAUUAAUAUAUAAUUUUAUUUGUAGACUAAUUGUACUGGAUACAAUGAAUUUUUGACUGAAAUAUUUUAAGGAAUCUUGCCUUUUAUAUUUUUAAUCCUAACUUGUUAACUUAUUAAUGUUUAUAUGAAAUUAUUGUCGACCCAAAAAGAAAGACUUUAAUCAUUGUACUAGCCUUUUCCCAACUAUGUUGGCUUUGACUUCUAACCGGUAUUAGCUAAGUACCAGUGUUUUACAAGGAGCGUCUGCCUAUCUGACCUUCUCAAUCCAGUUACCUGGGCAACACGAUACCCCUUAGUUAGACUGGACACUAUACAUGAAAGAAAAUAUAACUAGGAACACUUUUGAGCUACCCGCUCAGAACAUCAGAUCCUUACAGUUAGGCCGAGUUUAAACGACCGUUUUUAUAUUUUUCUACCUGUUACCUUGUAAUAUCUGCGAGUCCUUUCUGCUUGCGCUAAAGUGCGGUCUUGCUAAUACACGGUAAUCCUCAUAAUCAGUUAAAAACCUCCUUUUGAUGCCAUCAGAGAAACUAUAGGAUGAAAUUUAUUUGUUUAGGUAAAAAUACUUAUGUCUAUGGAAAUGUCAGUUUGUGACUCAUUAUUGCUAUUAAUAAGAUUAAGGGUAUUUGAAU